UUUAUCAAAAAAAAUAGUAUUUAAAGAGCUAUAAGACAAAUAAAUAAUGCUUGAUAUCUUUAAAAACCCAGAUGGAACAGAUAUGAAGUUUUUUUUGACGCAUACAAUCGUAGAAAAAACAUCAUUAAAGAAUAGCAUUGAGGAACAUGGAGGAAUAACAAGUAUAAUUAAAGAUGAGAGAAAUAAAGAUCUUAUUAUUCUCGGGGAUCCUUUAAAAGAUUAUGGAACACCAAAUAUUGUUUCAUAUAACUUUAUAUUAGACAGCAUUAAUCGCGGAAAACUUCUUAAUAUUAAAGAAUAUUAUGUUAAUUUAUCAAAUGAAAUGUUUAUGAGUAAUGAGAAAAAGAAAAAAUACAGAAAUUUCACUAAAAAUGAAAACAUUUUAAUUGAUAUUACGCGCUGUUUACAAAUUUUUAAUGAUAGUAUAGAAAUAGAUGACAAAAUGUCGAAAAAGUAUGAAAAACAUUUAUUUUAUAGUUUAGAUGAUUACCAAUUUGUAUUUGAGCCGAAUUUUGAACCUGUUUUAUUAGAUAAAUUGGGUUUUAAUAGUAAUCCAACAUUAUCUAGAUAUAUAAAACAAGGUUUUUUUAAAAAUGCUUGUAUUUUAAUGAAUUUUCCAAAAAAAUCAAAUCUACUUUAUAAAGAUGAAUUAAUUUACAAAAAAUUAGAUAAUUUGUAUUUACAUCAAAACUACAUUUCAUUGAAAAAUCCUUAUACAAAUAUUCUAUUAUCAUUAUCCGGCACUGACUAUAACUUUAAUUAUAAUUUAAAAAAUAGGAAUAUUUUAAAUAAUAUAUCUUUUAAUAAAUCGAAAAACUAUAUUUAUGAUAUCAACAAAGAAUCUUUUAAACCUAUCGAUAAAUUGUCAUUUUUUAGGUCUAAUCCUUUAAUUCAAAAAUCUAAUGGUUAUAACAUUAUCUAUAACUUUGAUGAUAGAAUAAAAAAAUCUUAUGAAAUAUUUCAAAUACAGUCUUAUACACCUAUAGAAAUAAUCUUAAAUAACAUUGAAUCGAUUUCAGAAUAUACUUUAAGUAGGGUUGACUUAGAAAAAACUAGUUUUUCUAAUACAGAUAUUCAUUUUAAUUUAAAAGAUAUUUCAAAAAUUAAAUGUCAUGAUUCUAUAGACAAUUCACUAUUUUUUUCUAAUACUUUAGUUAAUAAAAGGACUGGUUCUCCAGAAAUUUAUGUACCUUCAAAGAGACGAAAAUUAUUAAGAGAAUAUACAUGUAACAAUUCUGAAAAUGAUGAGUUAAUACUAGAUAAAAAUACAAUCUUAAAUGAGAUUAAGCAAGAAGAUUUGAAUAUUCAACAAUUAAAAGAUUUAGAAGAAAUAAAUAAACAAGAAUAUUCAGUCUCUGUAAGUACAGAUGAAAUUAGAAGCGUAUCUACUAAUACAAUUGUCUCUAAUAAAUGUUUUCAAAACCAAAAUAAUAAUUAUCUACAAAUGACAGAUCCUUUUUUAUCUUUAGAAAAGUCUAUUUUAGAUUCAAAUAAAGAGAAUGAAGAAAAAAUAUCACCAUCUUCUUAUGUUAUGUCUGAUGAUAAUUUGUCUAUUCAUAAUCAAAAAAUACAUCAAAUUUCAAAGUGUAAUAAUCAAGAAUCUUCGCCUAAAUCACCUAUUUUAAAUAACAAUAUUGAUCAAACAGAAUCCCAAAACGAUUUAGACUUAAACAAUCAAAAUACUGAUUUUUAUAAUAGAAAUUUAAAUGACCAUAAUUCAAUGUCAAUAGAAAUGACUCACGUUUUAAGAAAAGCAGCUGAUUGGUAUAUAAUGAAUAUGAAAAAAUAUAACAUAACUCAACAAGAUGUUACUCUUGCUUUAUAUAGAACUUCUGGUAUUAAAAAAUUGGCUGUUAUAGUUAUGGAUGCUAUCAGUAAAAAUUUACCUUUGCCUAAUAUUAAAGGUGUUUGGACAGAAGAAGAUGAUAUAAUUGUGUAUUGUGGUGAUCCAAAAGAGCUUAAACAACUUAAUAAAAAGCAUGGAGGCAAACUUCAUAAUAGAAUUAAAUUUCUUCAAGAUUAUUUAAACUAAAAUUAAAAAUAGGUGCAUGUGUAUAUAUUGAAUAAGAGUUAUCAUUUAUUGCAACAAUC